AUGCUGCUGGCUCUCGCCAUCCCAGCGCGUGUCUCGAGCUCGCGCGAUCACUCCACACAACCCCUGCCGGUUGUGUCAGAGGACAAGCUCUUCAAUCCUCUACCGGGCUCUAGCCAUGCGCAAGAACUUAGCAGUGGAUCUGAAACUCUCACACAGACUAUCCCUAUCGUACCGGAAGACGAGCUGUUCAAUCCCGCCUCGAGCUCGAGCCACGCGCCAUCAUUCGCAACAAGAACUCCCAGCUCCGCUCCCGCUCGACAACCAUUGCCGGUUGUUCCCGAGGACGAGAUCUUCAAUGAAAGGCCUACUUCGAGCAGCAAGUCAACCGCGGCCGUCCCGUCUUCUACGCGAGAUGCAGAGCACCCGUCUAGGCAGCCCGACUCGCCGGCACAAGGCACCUCUCCCCCUAUCCGCGAGGCUGCAGCGUCUACUGCAUCCACGCUCGCGAUCGCUUCGGCUCCUCUCGAAGCGACCCCGCCGGCGGGCAUGGCCGUUCCUCAGCCCAGGCGAACUCUCCAGUCUUCCCGAGUUCCCUCAUCUCGCAUCGGACGGUUCUUCCACGACGGAGGUCUUGCUUCAUCACUUGGAUAUGGCGCCGCGACGGAGCUUCUCAGUGGCGGCGGCUGGUCGGGCUCGCUCAUGAUGACCGAAGCCAACAUCUCGCGGCUGGUCGGGAAGUUGAGCCAGAUGCGCGGAGCGGCGCUCAAAACACACGUUCUACCACCAGAAGUAGAGAAAGUGUUCCGCUGCGUUCAGGACAGCACGCAUUACAUGCCGAACUGGCAAAUGGAGAGAGUGAUAAGGGCCUCUCUCGGCGAUGCAUGGCGAGGUGACUUCGUCUCUUUCGACCCCAUCCCAUUCGCCGCCGCAUCCAUCGGCCAGGUUCACCGUACAGACCUCUCAGCGGCUGUCUCGCCCACCGGAAAGGACCAGGCCGUCGCGGUGAAGAUUCAGUUCCCGACCAUUCGACAGAGCGUUGAGAGCGAUAUCGGAUACCUGAAGGUGCUCCUCACUGCCGGUCAACUGCUGCCUGAGGGUCUCUUUCUGGACAAGACCAUCGCCGCCAUGAAGGAGGAGCUCGCCGACGAAUGCGACUACACGCGCGAAGCGAACUUCCUGCGUACCUUCGGCGACGCGAACCACUUCGGGGGCAACGAGCAUUUCAGAGUGCCCUAA